UUCAGUUGGGCUUGAGCAGUGUUCGUGUUGGGGCCCGUCCACCACCCCUCGAGUCUUAUUCUCCCCAAACCUGUUCUUGUAACUCUUGUUCCCCUCUGCGUGUUCCUACCCGCCCGCCCGCCCACAAGCUUAUCGUUGUGUCUCCUCUGGACGGAAAAAAAAUAACCCCUCACUCCCACAACCCUUAAACCCCCCCUAACCCCACCCCUGACCCCCCUAUACUGCCCCUUCAACCGUGAUCACCGCCACCAGGAUACAGUGACCAACAGAUGGAAAGAAUACCUGGGAAGGUGUGACGAAACGGGAUGCUACCGUGGACAGGAAGACCAGGGGCUCAGUGUCGUUGUUUAGACCUGUGUGUCGGCAUCACUACCUCCCCGUCACCGCUGCUGAGGCCUCGCUAACAGGUCGUGUGCGUCGUGGUACAACAGCAGGCAGGCUCCUCUACAACGCCUCGCCACGCCACUCUCUCAGGAUAACGUGAGCGUGUGGACAGUCCUAAAGGAUGGCUGAGGAACAAGACACAAGGAGCCAUCACCAUCAUCCUCCUCCUCCCGCCACCACUACGCCACACUGGCCAUGCCAAGCUCUCUACACGGCACUCUGAACGCUCUCAAUGCAAUACCGUGAACGUUGCUGUACGCCCACGCUGACGUAGCUUCGCCUCUGCAAUUACUACUACUACUACUACUACUACUACUACUACUACUACUACUACUACUACUACUACUACUACUACUGCUACUACUACGACUACUUCUGCGUCUGUGAUCAAGAUAAGACUAUAAAGACUUGACGUUGUUUGGUGGUGAGGAGGAUCUUGUUGAGGGAGAAAAGAGGAGUGAAGGAGAGGUCAGAGGAGGAGAAGGAGGUGGAGGAAGGAAGGAAAGAGGUCAGAUAGGCCGGCACGUGUGACAAGGAGAAGGAGGAUCAUGUGUGUGUAGGAGACAGUGAGUAAUGUCUCCUGCACCUCCGCCCCGCACCACUCUAGUAACCUCCCCUCGCCCCACCAUCCUUCAUUAUUGCUCACACUCUGGCUUGACCUCUGGUGAUUACUUGCUACCUCAGGGAAAUAAUUCUUUCCCGUUAUAGUGUAUAUGGUGUGUGUGAUGGUGCGGCUGUAUAGUGUCGGUGUUGAAGUUGCCCCGCGCGCCGCCUCCUCCUGGUCCACACCACUCCAUAAAAUAAGCCAGAAAUGUCAAUGAAGACAAGAUUUCUCUCCGCUAGAUCAACAGAGCCGAAGGAGAGAGAGACAUUACUAGGCGUGUGUGUGGUGAGCGGCGGGGUGAUCUUGUCGCCGGGGGCCGCGUCUGUCACCCACCAGUCGAGAUAACAGUGAUCGACAAUGUUAUUACCUUGUAAACUGUGUGUGAGAACUGUGAGUGUGGUGUGGAGGGGAUAAAGCGGCGCCUCAACAUGUGACUUAUAAAUGCGUCGCUCCGCUCACUCUCUCCAUCACCUCUCACUCUCCUCCAAGACUCACUCGUUCGGGGACACUCUGUCGGGGUCUUCACACACACUCGUUCGGGGACGCUCUGUCGGGUCUCCUCUUACCGCUGUCUUGGAUCUCUAUUGUCGUCGUCGUUGUUGUAGAUCACAAUAAACAAAGUGUCGUGGUGUUUGAGGGACGACGAUCUUGUGCCACAGGUUCCUGAUGCCCACACCACAACCACAGUCAUCCAUCACCACUACCAUCAUCACCACCACCAUCAACUCCUCCUCCACCACCAUCUCCAACACCUCCACCACCACCAGUUCGCCUUACACUCACACACGCCCCGGGCCGCCUCCCUCACUACUGUGUAUGGUGGGUGAGUGACUCCUGCUGGCAAUAUGGUAGGCGCUGCAGGGUUGGACGGCAGCCUGCUGGGGGGAGCCGUAAUCGGCGAGGACACAGUCGAGGACGAGGUGGAACUUGGCUCCAUCCCCUUGCUGGAGACGCCCCCGGGAGAGCAGCCGCCGCCAUCACCUCGUCUCCUAGGCUACGGUGGGGGUUACGGCGGGUACGGGAGCAGCAGUGGCAGCUACGGUGGGUACGGCACUGGUUAUCCUCCUUACGGUGGCGGCGGCGGGGAGCUGGUGAUGAUGGCGGGCGGCACACACGUGGGCAUGGAGAGCCUCGCCCAGGCCGCCGUCAUCCUCGUCAUCGGCGUCGCCAUCAUCAUCUCCAACAUCAUCAUCCUGGCCACCUUCAUCACCAUGCCAGGUCCCAAAGAUGUGAUCAUGUACUACCUGAUGUCGCUGGGUGUGUCAGACCUGGUGGCGGGGGUGGUAGUAGUGCCGCUGAGCGUGUACCCGGCCUUGGUGCAGCGCUGGGUGUACGGUGACGCCGUGUGUGGCCUCGCCGGCUACCUCGAGACCACGGUAUGGUUCGCCCAACUCUGUACCUUCAUGUGGAUCAGCGUCGACAGAUACCUGGCCAUACGCAAGCCGCUCAGGUACGAGACUGUGCAGACUAAGACGCGGUGUCAGUGUUGGGUUGUGUUCACUUGGAUCACGUCCAUGAUGCUCUGCUGCCCGCCACUCCUCGGCUUCAACAGCUCCUCGCACUGGGAUGCUGAAGCGUACGUGUGCUGGCUAGACUGGGGCAGCAUGAUAGCCUACGCCAUCACCCUCAUUCCCAUGGUGCUGGGACCCACGCUCAUAACGCUCUUCUACACCUAUGGUUACAUCUUCAACACCAUGCGCAGGCUCAAAACUUGCGUGGUGGGACAGGAUAAGGAGUUCAUCACGGCGCUCACCUCCAACCUGGCCAACCCCGACCACGCCAUGUCUUUCGUGCUGGUGCUUGCUUUCUGGCUGUCGUGGGGGCCGUGUGUUGGGGUGAGGACGUACGAGUUCCUCAGUGGCCAUCACAUCGAUGUGAGGUUCCUCCACUUUGCAGUGUUUUGGUUAGGGGCUCUUAACUCCUGUUGGAAAUCCAUUAUUUACAUUGCCAUGAGCCCAAAGUUCCGACGUGGCCUCAAGCUGUUCUGCCUCUCGCUCUGCUGUCAGCGGAAGGCCCGGAAUGCAGAACUCAUCAUGGAUUACUAGAUCAACCCAGGACUUCCGUGUAUAACUUCUUCCAUGUGUUCCCGUAACUUUAGCGAGUAAUGAUGCUUUCCUAGCGUGUGAAGUUGUGUUAGUGAGGAGCUUUAGAAGACAGAUCGUGGGUGAAUGCAUUUAAUGCUCAAUCCAUUAACUCGAGCACUGAUGGACUGCUACUGGAGUAAUGUUCAGUGCUAAGCUUUAUCAAAAGAAUAUGAUUUUUUGUACUUGACAAUCUUAGGAUGAAUGUUAGUGUGUUUAGACUUCGCUGGUCCUUACCUGAGGUCCAACGGGAUUACACAUUGUUGUCUAUUGUACUGUUCGUUCUUGUUGGGAUGUUUGCGUGUGAUAGACAGGCUUUAGGGUUUCAUAAACAUAUCAGUGUCUCAGAACUAGCAGCGUCCAGGAAUUACAUUUAUGUGCGAAUGUCUAUAUUUUUAGAUUUGUGAAUGCCCUUUUUUAUUAUGCAUUUCUUCUUUAUUAAUGACCUACCAGUGUACAGUACAUUCUCUUACAACUUGUGAAUGUCUUAUGAUUUAGAUGUGAUGGUAUGUUUCUGUAUAAGGGAAAUGGCACAUUUUUCUGUACCGAUAUGUAAGCAUACUGUAUGGCAAAUAUGUUAUUGGGUCGUGUUAGAGAUUCAGAGGUCACACCAUACUGUUUGUGUGUGUGUGUGUUUGUUUGUAAAAAAUAUGUUUCUAGUAUGUCUGGAUGUAAGAAUCUCUACAAUGCUAAACUUGAACUCUUGAUCUUAGACACUCAUAAGUAUCUUAAGUGUGUUGGUAAAGAUAAUCUGUUUCUCUUCAACACACGUGAUUUGUGUUUAUGUUCAGAUAUUCAAAGAUAACAUGAUGCUGAUUUGUUUAGGUAGAUACACUAUAAACAUAUACUUUAUACACACAUACACACACACAGCUUCUAAAAACAGUAAGGUGGCAGCUGUGAACCCAUGACGUAACUCCUUGAACUUAUAAUGUUGGCUGUACAUUUGUUAUUGUGAGGGUCUAGUAGUGUAUAUCAUAUAAUCGUGUUAUGGUAGCCCUCUGAUUGGUCAACUUCCACUAGUGUAUCUCAGAGAUGGUAAGUUUGGUGACUGAUAUAUCAAAGAUUUGGAACGUGAUUCUUGAGAGCCAGCUGAUUAGCCUUGACUUCGGUGACGCUUGUGUUGACUAUCACCUCAUUGCCGACAGUAGUAGCUGAUCAAUGAGUCAGUUUCCCGCACGGAGGCUGAACGAACUAUCGAUUCCAAAGGUUAAUAAAUCGUAGGAAUGUGUAGGUCAUUGAAUACUAAAAGUUCAUGAAUUGUAUGGACCUCUUUUAAGUUCUCAUGAGCUAAAAGGUCAUUAAAUUUUAGGGAUCUCUAAGAUUUUUUAAGAACUUUGAGAACAGAUCGAGAUGUAAUUGAGCAGGUAGAAGAAACUUGUACAGUACAUAGAGACUUGCCUCACACACCCUUUGACGGCUACUCAGAUCAGAUUAUUGAAAGAGAGAGAGAAAGAGACUGGCCUCGUAAAUACCACUCACACUAGAGAUGUGUUCCUUGGUGAGACAGUGACAACAACAAUGAUAAAUAUAUUGACUUUUGUUUUUAAUUCAUCAAAAUGACAGGUCUUAGUCACCCAAGACUACCGAAGUAAAACAUGGUAAUAUUCUAGAUCUCUUUAGUUUUUAUCAGUUACUUCAAAUGUAUGUUGCAGUAAUCACCGGUAUUCACUAAAUUAGGGUUUUUAUUCAGCUAUCAUUGUGGGGAGUUAACUACUUUGCCAACUAGUGAUGUCCGGUAACUUGGUGUUGAACAAAAGCGUCACCAAAGCGAACAUAAAUUUUGAGGUCAUAAUACACUACUUAUUUUCUCAAUUCUUCUCAGUCACACAGAAGGAUUACUCAAGCAUCUGUCUGUUCUCUAGCACCGAGCGCCAAUCAGUCAGUCAGUCGGCCGAAGAAAACAAUGACAAAAAGAGACAAUAAAUGACAUGUUUAUAAAUUUUGAAUAUACCCCGACCCUCACACACACACACACCUCCCUCUAUACCGUGAGUUCAAGAUAUUGUUGUGUAUUGUUAUAAAUGCUUGUUGGGAGUCUAUGAAAAAUUGUUUAGCUGCCAGUUGAGUCUUAAGACCAUUAAACUGUUGUUGCUAUGAGUGUUAAAAAGAUGAAAUUGUUGUUGACAUGAGACACCAGAAGGUAAAAUAUUGUUGGAAUGAUUUCUAUACAGGAAAAUAUAGUUUAAAUGAAAGAUAGAGAAUAAAUUAUUGUUGGAAUAAUUUGCAAAGCACAAAAUUAUUGUUAAAAUGUAUCUUGGAAUAUGAACUUGUUGACAUAAGUCUCACGAGAUAAAUUCAGAGCAUGAAAUAAUACGAGCUACUUCAAGACUGACAAACCUCAUACCAUUUAACAUACAAAACAUAUACAGUAUAUACAUUCACAAAGUACCACACCAUGACAUUAAUAAACACGAACAUACAUAUGCACACUCGCCUGCACUUAUACCUGGUACAGUGGCUGGUGCAUUUUGUGAGAUGUGGCAACUCUGUGGAAUGCUUAUCUUCCAUCCUUAGUCUGGCUACUAUUGUCAGGUUCCUUAGUGCCAUUCCGGGAAUUGUAAUACCAUGUAAACAAAAACAGAGUUGCCACAUCUCACAAAACACGCCAGACAAUGUACUAGGUAUAAGUGCAGGCGACUGAACAUUAUGUUUGUAAAAGCCCAUAUAAAGGAUUUGUUGUGACGAGAAAAAGAGCGAUUCUGUUACUUUAUAUCUUAGUGUUGUAUUUCUAAUGGUAUUCACAAAUUUGGUCCAUGUUUGAAGAGCAGAUCCUAAUAUUAUAUAUUAUCAAUACAAACCUUUACAUACAGUUUCUUAAAACGUUCUUGAAAUGUGAUAUUGAUUUGAGAAUUGUGGUAAAUGCUAUGUAUUUUUUUGUUUCAAGUUGUGUGUGUGUGUGUGGGUUAGUUACACACAGUUAUGCCUUGUUUAUUUAGUCAAGUCCUGCCAGUUUGUUACAGGGUGCAGUAAAUUCAGAUGUAUGUUAAAGAAUAAGGGUUAAUUUGCAGUACAAGUAUUUAUCUCUGCAAACUUCAUGAUCAUAUAACAGUACUUUGUUAUUAAGAGUGAAAUUAUGUUCUCUCAAUCCCUCUAAAAAAAGGUAUAUUAAACAAUAAGAAUGUAAUGAUAAAUAUCCCCAAAAUACAUCUUAAAAACAUAUAUUGUAUAAGAAUAUAAGAAAUAAUGUCCCCCCCCCCAAAAAGCUAUAUUGUCCAAUAAUAGCCAAAAUUACAUGAAAGAAAAAGACCAGUGUAUAUCCUCCCUCAUCAUCCAGACAGCAAUUGAGAGACCAUCAAUCAUCAACUCUUAGUCGUAUCUAUACCUCAAGUCUUGUUCUUUGACGCACAUCUGAGAAAAAAAUCAAAAUUUACCAAUCAAUGUUUGUCUGUACACUUGGCUUUGUACAGAGACAGUUGUGCCAUAGUAUUUACUGUAAGUUAUAAUGCUGGUGGGGAUGUGUGUACUGUGUUGGUGGUCUGUAGUACGUUUUGACCCAGGUUCAUUGAGAAAUACGUUACUCUCUCUCUCUCUCUCUCUCUCUCUCUCUCUCUCUCUCUCAUUGUUGCAUAGGACUCAAUCUACACUUUCUCUCUAUCGCUCAAACUACAUUUUCUUUAUCACUGUCACACAAACUUCAUUUUCUCUCACUGUUACUCAAACUUUACGUUCUCUGUCACUCAAACUACACUUUCUCUGUCACUCAAACUACACUUUCUCUGUCACUCAAACUAUACUUUCUCUCACUCAAACUACACUUUCUCUGUCACUCAAACUACACUUUCUCUGUCACUCAAACUACAUUUUCUCUGUCACUCAAACUACACUUUCUCUGUCACUCAAACUACACUUUCUCUCGCACACACUACACUUUUUCUCUCUCACUGUCACACCUCUCUAGGACAGUGACCACCUAAUACAUUGAACAUACUGUACACCAAAAGGAGACUGUGUAUAAACCUGUACUGAUUGAUAACAAUGAAGUGUGUUGCUUGUACCCAUGAUAGCUUUGAUGGUUCAUAUGACGAUGAGAACCCCCAGCUUUUUUCACCAGAUAAUUAACGACCCUAACCUAAAUAAACAUAACCUUAUCUAAUCCUAACCUAACCUGAUCUAAUGUUAGCCUUACCUAUUCCUAUUCUAACCUAACCCCCCGAGUUAAUGUUAGAGUAUUUAAUCAUCAGGUAAAAUAAGCUAGGGUGGCACAUCUACAGGUGACCCACUUGGAUAUAUUGUAUAAUGAGUUUGAAAAGCAGAAAUAUUACCUGACACUUAUAUAUCUACUAUAAUAUAUUGUAGUCAGGAUUGAUUGCCUUAAGCAUAAUAUAAUACUGUACAGUUAACCAUAUAACUUUGUCUGUUGAAGUAUUUUAUCUCUUUUAUUGACUGGUUCAUGAAAAAAGGUUUGAUAAUUCUCUCUCUCUCUCUCUCUCUUGAAGCAAUAAACUUUACAUAAGGGGUGUGUGUGAGGGCCUUGGUGUGUGAGGGCCUUGGUGUGUGAGGGCCUUUGAACGGUUAAGCCUUGUAUCUGAUAAAAUAAGCUAUACUGUAUAUAUUCCUAAUUUAUGUAUACACUAUUUGUUACGUUUGGAAAUAAUUGAUUUAUGAUUAUUGUAUAAUUUAUGUUGAGAUGAUGUGGACAAAUGUAUAUGUUUUGUAUUCUGGUGUAAAUUUCAUCAUUGUGGAGUACUGUACGUAUGAUUGAAGUAUAAUGCUGAAUCAUCAUCAUAUCUUCCAUUAUCAUCAGGGCUUUUAAUGAUCUCGGCUAAAUGUGAAGGGAUAAUUAAUUCCUAUUUUUAACUAAUUCCUUUUACUGUUUUAUCACUUAUGAAAGAUAAUUAAUUGAUAUUUUAAACUAGUUCCUAUGAUUUGUUUAACACUGUCUAUGAAGGGAAAAUUAAUUCCUAUAUUUGACUUAUUCCUAUUACUAGUUUAUCAAGGCUCUGAAAGCUUAAUUAAUUCCUAUCUUUUCCUUCUUCUAUGACUGGUUUAUCACUCUUCUUUCCCCAGUCCAGGUCACACAGUAGCCGAGAUCAUAACAAUAUUAAAAUCAAAUUAUCUGUCCGCUUGGAUUAAUUAUUACCUGACAACAUAUGUACUGUACCUUAAAAUUUAAAUUAAUUAUAUGCACUGUUUUCUUUGUUAUAUAUAUAUAUAUAUAUAUAUAUAUAUAUAUAUAUAUAUAUAUAUAUAUAUAUAUAUAUAUAUAUAUAUAUAUAUAUAUAUAUAUAUAUAUAUAACAAAAUGGUCAUCUUUGUAUAGUUUUCUGCACUGGUCGAGGGUUUGGGAACCAUACUCAGAGGAUUUAAAAAAUUCUUAAUAUAAAUUCCAAUGAUUAUGACGAAAACAAAUUUAAAUGACAGCUAUGAUAAAUUUUUUAAGUAAGUGAAAAUUUAAAGUUACGAUAUUAUUAAGUUUAAGCUGAUAAGUAUCUUGUGAUCCACUUACAUGUUGUUUGUCUUGUAAGCAAGUCUGGUCAACCUGUACUCUGUAACUGACCUGUGGUUAAGUUACAGUUUGUAUUUUCUGAACAUGUUAGUACAGUAUUAUUAUUAUUAUUAUUAUUUUUUUUUUUUACUGUGACUUGAUUCUUUGUUUUUGCUCUUUUGCGAUUUAUUAUUAAUUACUAGUUUGUUCAUAUAUUCUUAUUUGUGAUUAUUUCUGUGACAUUUUUUCUAAAACUGCAAUUAAUAUUUUUAUGGCUUAAAUUAUUUUUUUUUGUUAUUAUGUUCUAAAGCUAUGAUUAUUAUUAUGGAUAUUAAGUAGUGUUCCUUUAUUUUUAAACUGUGAGCAUUAUUGUCAAUUGACUAACGUGAUUAAAUAAUAAUCUUGAUCAGGUACAACUUAAUUA